CUCACUGAACCUUACAUUUUCCAGAGGUGUACCGUUUGGCUGCUGAGAUGCUGAGUGACUGCGAACACAUUUACUUGAGUGCCACAGAUUUUUUUUUUCCUGCUAUUGCUAAUUGAUUGUUUUUUUGUGAGCAUGUGCAAAAGAAAGAGGAACCAGGCAUGAGACUGCACAGCCUGGGGGGAUGUUGUGUCAGGAGGAACGCAGGAGGAAUUAUGAGUGGCUUCAUGGAAGACGUGGUGCAGAGUGUUACAAGCUCAACGGCUACAAGAGAGAGAAUUACGAGCCUUUGCUGUGAGAAAAUUGCAUUUUCUCCUCUCUGAGACCAACUGCUGAACGGGAAUCAGCGCCCCAUGCAUCAAAUUACUAUUUGAAUUGAGAACGUAUUCCCCUGUGCACUGUGGGAUAUCCACCCUGCAUACUUGGCCACCUGCAAGUUCUGCUCCUAUUUUGAGUGCCCUCAUCUCGGAUUCCCUGUUGCUGUGUUUUUGUGUUAUUUGUUUUGACUGGCACUCUCAAAGGACUUUUGCUGAAGGAAAUUCUUCCUGUUUUGAAGUAUAAAGUUGUCAACGGGAAGUUUACAGCAAAUACAAACACAUGAUUGCUGUUGUGGUCCAAACAUCCCCUUUAGUCUCACUGUAUGUCAGUUUGUCUCACUGAAUGCAAGCGUGGAUACCUCCCCCAACCUUGGUGCUCUAGGGAAAAGCAGAAACAAACCGAUCCUCCUAUCAGAGUGCAUUCAGAGACUGAUUUCCUGUCGCCGUGGUGAUGGGGAGCUCAGCCUCGUCUCUCACUGCAGAGACCGAGUCAGACCAUGGCUUCCGCAGCACCCCGUACCCAUCGUCCCCUCCUGUGGGCUGGCUGAGGAACAGCCACAGCAGCCCGGUGUGGGGCACCACCUUCAUCCCACGUCAGCAGCAGCAGCCCCCGCUGCCUCACCGAGAGCGCAGCCACUCUCACUCUCCUGGCUCCAUGGCAGCCGCGGUGCGAGGCACUGAGUGGUCAUGUGGACGCUGCACCUUCCUAAAUGCCGGCGCAGCACCUCGCUGCUCCAUCUGUGAGGCACCACGCCAGAAACCCGACCUUAACCAGAUCCUGCGGCUGAGCAGCUCUGAGGAGCAUCGCUGGGCCUGUCCCCGCUGUACGCUCAACAACCCCCAGGGAUCUGGAGCCUGCACUGUCUGUGGCUUCGGACCAUCCCCUGCCACUCACACACCCCCUACAACCACCAUAGCUGCCACUGCCAAUGGCCUCCCGUCUGCUCCGAUCGAACCCCCGACACCUACGGUCACCCCUACGGUUCUACUUGAGCCCCAUGGACAGCAUCCAGCUAAGGAGGAAGUGCUGCGUCGGUCUGAGAGCAACGGGGAGGUGUGCGCCCUGGAGGUGCAGCACUCGGGCUGGGCUUGCCCUCGCUGCACACUUCACAACACACCUGUGGCACUGUCAUGCUCAGCCUGUGGUGGGCCCAGGAAACUGUCUUUGCCUAAAAUCCCCCCCGAAGCACUAGUUGUGCCUGAGGUGCGAACACCUGUUCUGGGGUUUCCUGUUCACACAGCAGGGGCUGUCCCGCUACUUAUAGACCUAACGGAUGACUCUCCCCCAGCCUCUGCCUGUGAUCCUCAAGAAUCACCCCACGUCUCCUCACUGUCCAGUUCCUCCCCUUUUACUGCUUUUUCAUCCCUCCAAAACAACCCGGUGCCUCGCAGCAGGAGAGAGGUGCCCCCGCCAGGGCGCGCACCAAACCCGGGCACCAACACUCCCAGCCCCACCUCCCCUUCAGCAGCCGGUGUGCCACCCCAGCCAGGCCCACAGCGGCCAGCCAAGCCCAAACAUGCCCAACCCCAGGAACCUUCAUACCCCAGCAAGCGCCUCAGCAUCUUGGAAGAAGAAGAUCCUCAGCACCACCCACUGAUCCCCCAUCUCCCUGUUGCUUCCACAGCUGCCCCCACCUGGAAGUGCCCUAGCUGCUCAUUGCCCAACCUAGGUAGCUCGUCUAAAUGCGACACCUGCCGCUCCUCACGGGCUGGUGCUGACCUCAUUGACUUGGUAGGCUGUGAGACGGUGCGAUUUACUCCGGCCAGCCCCUCCAGCCCAGACUUUAGCACGUGGGCCUGCUCCAAGUGCACGCUGCGCAACCCUACCGGGUCCGCCAAGUGCUCGGCCUGUGGUUCUUCCAAGCUGCAUGGCUUUCAGGAGCAGCAGGUGCCCCUGCCCCGCUGCUGUACACACUGUGGCACUGCAUCAUGCUCCUGUAUACCUUCCUCAUCCUCCUCGGGUCAUAAAACACGGAAACAGGCCCGGGGCUACCCUUCCUCCUCUUCUGCUAUUGCUUCUUCUACUUCCUCCUCCACCUCAUCUAGCCUUCAGGAGAAGGUAGGACAGUGGAGCUGCCCAGCAUGUACGCUGCUCAAUGACAUCAAGGCCAAGAACUGUGCAGCGUGCCACACAGCGCAGCAGUACCUCACCCUUCGCAAGGUGGUUAAGCCUCUGAAGAGGAGGGAGAGCAUGCAUGUAGAGGCCCGUCGACGAAAUGAUGAGGGCGAGGCCAAGGAGCUUUUGGAGAACAUAGUCAGCUUCUGCAGAGAGAACACCGUGAACUUUGUGGAUGACAGUUUCCCCCCGGGACCUCGCUCCGUGGGCUUCCCCGAGGGCGACAGCGUCCAGCAGCGAAUCAAAAAGUGGCUCCGCCCCCACGAGAUCAACUGCAGCAACUUUAAAGACCGAGGCGUCAAGUGGUCCGUCUUUCGCACGCCACGGCCCUCUGACAUCCUGCAAGGCCUGCUCGGGAACUGCUGGUUCCUGAGUGCGCUGGCGGUGCUGGCGGAGCGUCCGGAGCUGGUGGAGAGAGUGAUGAUCACUAGGACCAUCUGCCCGGAGGGGGCCUACCAGGUUCGGCUGUGUAAAGACGGGACGUGGACGACUGUACUGGUGGACGACAUGCUGCCCUGCGACGACUAUGGCUACCUCCUCUUCUCCCAGGCUCAGAGGAAGCAGUUAUGGGUGGCGCUUAUUGAAAAGGCCCUGGCCAAACUCCAUGGCUCCUACUUUGCCCUGCAGGCAGGGCGCGCCAUCGAGGGCCUGGCAACGCUGACGGGGGCGCCUUGUGACUCCCUGAUGCUCCAGGUCAGCUCCACCAACCCUCGGGAGGAACCCAUCGACACCGACCUCAUCUGGGCCAAGAUGCUCAGCUCCAAGGAGGCUGGGUUUCUGAUGGGUGCAUCUUGUGGAGGAGGAAACAUGAAGGUAGACGACGCUGUCUAUGAGUCUCUGGGUCUGCGGCCUCGACAUGCCUAUUCCAUCCUAGACGUCCGAGACGUCCAGGGUUACAGGUUGCUGCGGCUGCGUAACCCGUGGGGUCGCUUCUCGUGGAACGGCAGCUGGUCGGACGAGUGGGCGGACUGGCCGCAGCACCUGCGCCACGAGCUGAUGGCUCAUGGCAGCAGCGAGGGGGUCUUCUGGAUGGAGUACAGCGACUUUAUAAAGUACUUUGACUCAGUGGACAUCUGUAAGAUCCACUCAGACUGGCAGGAGGUGAGGCUACAGGGCUGCUUCCCUAGCAAGGCCAGCGGGCCGGUCACCGUCACUGCCCUCACCGUGCUGGAGAGAACGGCAUUAGAGUUUGCUCUCUUCCAGGAGGGAAGCAGGCGGUCGGACACGGCCGACAGCCACCUGCUGGACCUGUGCAUCAUGGUGUUUCGUGCCUCUUUCGGCAGCAGCAACAAGCUGACUCUGGGCCGCCUGUUGGCCCACAGCAAGCGGGCGGUGAAGAAGUUUGUUGGUUGCGAUGUGAUGCUGGAGCCGGGGGAGUAUGCUGUUGUCUGCUGCGCCUUCAACCACUGGCAGAUGAAUGUCAGCGGGGCGGAAGGUCCACCCACGCCAGUCUCCAGUCCGACCAGCGCAGCAGCACGGCGGCCCAGCCAAGACUUCCCCGGCUACAUCCUUGCCAUCUACAGCUCGCGACAGGUGAUGGUGGAGCAAGUGGAGGCGAUGGCCACCACGCUGGCAGACGCCAUCAUCCUCCUCACGGAAAACAAAGGCGAAAGACACGAGGGCCGCGAGGGCAUGACGUGCUACUACCUGACCCAUGGCUGGGCGGGGCUCAUCGUGGUGGUGGAGAACCGCCAUCCCAAAUACUACCUCCACGUCUCCUGUGACUGCACUGACAGCUUCAAUGUGGUGUCGACGCGCGGCAGCCUCAAGACCAUCGACAGCGUACCGCCUUUGCACAGGCAGGUGCUGGUGGUGCUUUCACAGCUGGAAGGAAAUGCCGGUUUCUCCAUCACCCACCGCCUGGCUCACCGCAAGGCAGCCCAGGCCUCCCUGGGAGACUGGACCCCCACCAAGGCCACCCACUGCCCCCAGCUCACUGCGGACAUUGACGGCCUGCACCGGCCCAGGCCGCUAUGACCACCGCCCCCUAUCUCACAUACACACACAGACUGUUAUCCAGUGAACUGUCAGACGACUGGAAAACCAGGCAAGGGAGGGCGAGUGGUGUGUGCAGCCCUAAAACGUGGAGAAAGAUGUGUAUUUGUGUGUCUUUUUUUUUUUUAGAUGAACACACACCUGAAUGUAAAGCAUAAAUAAGCAGCAUUUAUGUGCUGUCCUACUAAUGCUCCAUAAAUGCUUUCAUCCGGCCCUUACGAGCUCUCUUCUUUGCCAAGUGGAUGUGCCAUGUCAGGAUGAAAUGAGGGAAGCGGGCCACGCGGAGUGACCUGGACUUACUCACAAAACAAUGUUUCGCCCGGGCACCGAACAUGAUCCAGUUCAGACUGCUUAAAAUUCCGGACGUUUUUGGUACGAGCGCUGUACGUGGAACGGAUGUCAUCUCUUGGAGACGACCCUGCUUUUCUUCACAGAAGUCAGGGUGGAGUGCCCUAACUACUGAGCCAUUUUCCAGCCCACAAACUUUGAGCCAAUCACCCGCAGCGAUCAGACACUUACCCCUACGUCGUCCACAAGGACAGCUCACAAAGCAGGAGACUUCGGGGGGGGAGGUUAAUCUCGCCCAGCCCAUAGUACGGUACUUCAUGAGCCAACACAAUAAUAUAGUUUUACUCAUAGUCAUACAUGUUUUGUUUUUUUUAUUCAAUACAAUACACGUUGGUCUUACUUGCAUUAUACACGGUCUUUGUUGCCGUCUUGUCCAUAUUUGUGUUUUUGAGGUCGUAGAAAAAGCCAUCAUUCAUACAGUGCUGUCUGUCUGUCUCCAUCCUCACCGCAGUGCUGUGUAGCGCUCUCUCUAACUCAGGACCAAACCCGUGAUUUGUAGGGUAAGCUGGAGUCAAGCAAAAAACCUCGAGCUGAUGUUGCGGCAGGUGUACGGUGCCCAGAUAGCUGGUUUAUCAUCUUUCUGUAAGCACUUUACGAGCCAAGCUGUGGUGCAGAGGGGAGUGUUGUGAUUGGGAGGUUUUAUCUUGUGAAAUACUGACACGUGAUAGAAUUCCUUCCCGAGUGUUUCGACAGACUAACAUCCAAUUUUGGCUUUUUUCCCUACAGAGGAGCCACUGUACCUCCUUUAUUCCUUCCUUUUACUUACUUUAAUUCUUUUUUUUUUUUUUAAACUCAGUCUCAGUUUGGGGUCUAACCGCUGGAGUCGAGUCAUUAUAUGACCAGCUUUGUAGCUCGGGCGUGCUUGCUGUUCUCAUCCAAUUCAGCGGUCACUUUAUUUCUUCACACUUUUUAGAUGUUGUAUGCUGCUUCUUGCACUCUUGGAUUGUGACACCCCAAAAGUUGUGUCUGAUCUUUUUAGUUUUAU